CAGUAAGCCCAAAAAUAAUUGUAUUUUGCACCUCCUUCCUCUCUCUCCUCUCUCUCUUUUUUUCUUCUUAUCCUCUCUUCUUAUUUGACUUUAGUAAAUGAACGCAGUUCAUGAGUCACAAAUAAGGUGAGGAGAAACAAAGGGCUGAAAAGAUCAGAUUUUGAAGGCUUAGUCUUGAUUUGUUAGGGACUGAGAAAUCCUAAAGUUGACUAAAUAUUUGUGGACAGAUAGAUCUUGACGUUAUAAGAGGGAGAGGGAGAAAAAAAUUCAACAUAUACCCUUGGCUAAAUGAGUAUAUUUGAAGAAAUGGGUUUCUGCGGUAAUCUUGAUUUCCUCUCUACUCUUCCGGGAGAAGGGGAUGUAGCUUCGGAAGUUGAACUGGCGAUGCAGGUUGAGGAAGAUUGUAGUGAUGAGGAUAUGGAUGUCAAUGAACUAGAAAGAAGAAUGUGGCGGGAUCGAAUGCUCUUAAGACGGCUUAAGGAGCAGAAGAAGAACAAGGAGUCAGUCAAUGAUAGUGCGAAGCAGCGUCAGUCUCUGGAGCAAGCGCGACGGAAGAAAAUGUCUCGGGCACAAGAUGGAAUCUUAAAAUACAUGUUGAAGAUGAUGGAGGUUUGUAAAGCUCAGGGUUUUGUGUACGGAAUCAUCCCCGAGAAAGGCAAACCUGUAACAGGAGCAUCUGAUAAUCUUCGCGCAUGGUGGAAGGAAAAAGUAAGGUUUGAUAGAAAUGGUCCAGCUGCAAUUGCCAAAUACCAGGCAGAGAAUUCAAUACCAGGGAAAGUUGAGGAAGCAAGUAUAGAAACCUCGACUCACACACUGCAAGAGCUCCAGGACACUACACUUGGCUCACUUUUGUCGGCUUUGAUGCAACACUGCAAUCCACCUCAGAGGCGGUUCCCGUUGGAGAAGGGCGUUCCCCCGCCUUGGUGGCCUACUGGAAAAGAGGCAUGGUGUUCUCAAUUAGAUUUACCAACUGAUCAAGGGCCUCCUCCGUACAAGAAGCCUCAUGAUUUGAAGAAGGCCUGGAAAGUCUGCGUUCUCACAGCCGUGAUCAAGCACAUGUCCCCUGAUAUUGCCAAGAUCCGCAAACUUGUCCGGCACUCGAAAUGCCUACAGGAUAAGAUGACUGCUAAGGAAAGUGCAACUUGGCUUGCUAUUAUUAACCAAGAGGAGGCUUUAUCCAGAAAGCUAUAUCCGGACAGUGUGCCACCACCAUCCUUGGCUGGUGGAAAUGGGUCGUAUUUAAUCAGUGAUACCAGUGACUAUGAUGUUGAAGGAGUGGAAGAUGAUGGGAAUGUUGAAGUGGAAUGUAAGCCCCAUGAUAUGAAGCUUUUCAACUUGGGGACAGCGGCACCUAGGGAUGGGCACAUGAUGCCUCUCUUAGCUCCGAUCAAGGGAGAGAUUAUUGACGUUGAUUUGGAUUUUAUUCCAAAGAGGAAACAGACAACUAAUGAGGUGCAUAAUGAUCAGAAGAUGUAUACGUGUGAGUUUCCUCAAUGCCCCCACAGUGAUUAUCGUAUGGGAUUUAAUGACCGGAAAUGUAGAAACAAUCACCAAAUGAAUUGCCCAUACCGUUCCAAUUCUUUUGAGAGGCUUAACACACCAAGCUAUCAAAAUAACAAUGACAAGCCAGCGGUUUUCUCCGUCCCUUCUGCACAAAAUGAGGCAUUUUCUCUUCCGGCAAGUGUGGAUGUUUCGGCCCUUGGAAUUCCCGAAGAUGGCCAAAGGAUGAUUUCCGAGCUUCUGUCAUUUUAUGAUAACAAUCUUCAGCAAAGCAGUAGCUUCGACACUGGGAAUCUCAACAUUCUAGAAACUCAAAACUCGCAGCAGCAAGCGACACAACUUCAACAAGACGAUUACUUCAUUACACAGACUAGCAUGCCCUCGAAUAAUUCUGUUUUCCCAUCAACAGAAUUCCAGUUCGAUCAGUGCAAGCCUUCAUACGAUUCCCCCUUCAAUGGCAACACAAACGAGAAUAUUUCUGAUUUCAGGUUUUGUCCACCUUUCAACUUCACACAAGUUGACUACUCCAUGGACCCGUUAUCAAGGGAGGACGACUCUUUGUGGUUAGUCUGAAAUCAGGACGAUCUUCAUCGGAAUGUUUUCACUGGUAGUAAUUAGGUUAAGCUUUAUCCUUGAACUGCACUGUAGAUAUUAAAAUAACUGAUCUGUAUCUGAAUGCUUACUAUAUUUUGAACUUGUCUGUAUUGUAGAACUGGGGAAAGAUAAAGAGCUUUGUAAGAACUCCAUUACUUCUCUUGUAAUGCUUUUGAAAGAGUAUAAAGAUAUUGUAAGGACUGCCUUCGUUUUCUUGAAAUAAUACGUGCAACUCUUUUCGUCUA